CACCUUCAUAGUGGACGUAAAAACCCAGACAAAUACGAAGACAUUACUGAAACGUCUGAUACGGCAUAUUUUUUUUUUCAAUGUGUAUUUAUUUGUAUGAACGGCACUCAAGUGAAGAAUGUUACUGACACGUCGACUACUCGUCUCAAUAUUUAUCUUGACCUCAGGACCAACAAGCACUCUAUCUGGCAGCACAACUACAGUAUUCCAAAGCAAUGUCACAACUCCAGUCAUACCAACACAUGAUGGUAAUGUCACAUCUCUAUCUCUACCUACUCAAAGUAAUGUGACAAGCUCAUCCACAACUACACAGGGAAAUGCUACAAGUUCAUCAGUGAGUACACCAGGGAAUGCCACAAUUCCACUCUUGACUACAUCAAGCCAUGCCACAGUUCCACCUACAAUUGUAAAAACAACAGCAGCCAACAACACAAGACCACCUGUAUCUACACCAGGGAAUGCUACAAACCAUCCUGUAUCUGCACCAGGAACAACCACAAAUCCUCCUGUAACUGCACCAGGCAAUGCCACAACUUCUUUACCUGUGCAAGGGAACAGCACAACACAGUUAAUAACUACAAGAGGCAAUGCCACUAGUCCUUUUAGUACAUUAGGCAACACUACAGCAACAAUUUCAACAACAGGCAGUGUCACUACUACUACACCCCGAAGUACAGCAGGAAAUUCAACAAUUACAGCACAAACUUCACCAAAAAAUGCCACAACUCCACCGAUAACUACCCUAAGCAAUGGGACAUUUCCACACUUAACCACACAUGUUUCAAUACAAACUACACCUGGGAAUGUCACAAUACCACCCAUCACUACAAUAUGGAAUGCUACCACACAACAAAAUAUACAAGGUAAUGCUACAGCACCACCCAUCAUUACACCAGAGAAUGCUACAACACAACAAAUCACUUCACUAGGGAACAUUACAACACCAACCAUCACUACACAAGGGAAUGCUACCAUACAACAGAGUACACAAGGGAAUGCUACAGCACCACCCAUUAUUACACCAGUGAAUGCUACAACACCACCCAUCACUACACAAGGGAACAAUACAACACCAAUCAUCACUACACCAGGGAAUGCUACAACACUACCCAUAACUACACCAGGAAACGCUACAACAAUACCCAUCACUACAACAGGGAAUGCUACCACUCAACAAACUACACAAGGUAAUGCUACAGCACCACCCAUCAUUACACCAGGGAAUGCUACAACACAACACAUCACUUCACUAGGGAACAGUACAACACCAAUCAUCACUACACCAGGGAAUGCUACAAAACUACCCAUAACUACACCAGGAAACGCUACAACACUACCCAUCACUACAAAAGGGAAUGAUACCACACAACAAACUACACAAGGUAAUGCUACAGCACCACCCAUCAUUACACCAGGGAAUGCUACAACACAACACAUCACUACAGUAGGUAACAAUACAACACUAAUCAUCACUACACCAGGGAAUGCUACAACACUACCCAUAACUACACCAGGAAACGCUACAACACCACCCAUAACUUCAACAGGGAAUGCUACCACACAACAAACUACACAAGGGAAUGCUACAACUCCAUCAGUCAAUACACAAGGGAAUGCAACCACACCACUUACUACACCAGGGAAUGCUACAACACUACCCAUUACCACACCAGGGAACACUACAACACCACCUACAACUACACCAGGAAACGCUACAACACCACCCAUCACAACAACAGAGAAGGCAAACACACCAAUAACUACACCAGGGAACUCUACAGGACCACCCAUUUUUACACCAGGGAACACUACAACACAUCCCAUCUCUACACCAGGGAAUGCUACAAUACCACUAUCUACAUCAGGGAAUGCUACAACACCACCCAUUACUACACUAGGGAAUGCUACAACAAUACCCAUAACUAAACCAGGAAAUGCUACAACACCACCCAUCACUACAAAAGAGAAUGCUACCACACAACAAACUACACAAGGGAACGCUACAGUACCAACCAUCAUUACACCAGGGAAUAUUACAACAUCACCCAUUACUACACAAGGGAACACUACAACACAUCCCAUCUCUACACCAGGGAAUGCUACCAUACCACUAACUACACCAGGGAAUGCUACAACACCACCAAUUACUACAUCAGGGAAUGCUACAACACUGCCCAUACCUACACCAGGAAAUGCUACAACACCACCCAUUACUACAUCAGGGAAUGCUACAACACCAUCAAUCACUACAUUAGGGAAUGCAACCACACCACUUACUACACCAGAGAAUGCUACAACACAACCCAUCACAACAACAGGGAAUGCUAACACACUGCUAACUACACCAGGGAACGCUACAGGACCACCCAUCAUUACACCAGGGAAUGCUACAACACCACCCAUCACUACACUUUGGAACACUACAACACCACCUAUCACUACACAAGGGAAUGCUACAGCACCUCCCAUCUCUACACCAGUGAAUGCUACCAUAGCACUAACUACAUCAGGGAAUGCUACAACACCACCCAUUACCACACCAGUGAACGCUACAACACCACCUACCAUUACACCAGGGAACGCUACAACAACUCCCAUCACAACAACAGGUAAUGCUAGCACACCACUAACUACACAAGGGAACGAAACAGGACCACCCAUCAUAACACCAGGGAAUGCUACAACAACACCCAUGGCAACAACAGGGAAUGCUAGCACACCACUAUCUACACCAGGGAACGCUACAGGACUACCAAUCAUUACACCAGGGAAUGCUACAACACCACCACUCACUUCAGUUUGGAACACUUCAACACCAUCCAUCACUACACCAGGAAACACUACAGCAUCACCCAUCACUACACCAGGGAAUACUACCACAGCACUAACUACACCAUUGAACGCUACAGAACCACCCAUUACUACGCAAGAGAAUGCUACCACACCACUAACUACACCAGGGAAUGCUACAAAACUACCCAUAUCUACACCAGGAAAUGCUACAACACCACCCAUCACUACAAUAGGGAAUGCUACCACACAACAAACUACACCAGGGAAUGCUACAGCACCACCCAUUAUUACACCAGGGAACAUUACAUCACCACCCAUUACUACACAAGAGAAUUCUACAACACCAUCAAUAACUACACUAGAGAAUGCAACCACACCACUUACUACACCAGGGAAUGCUACAACACCACCCAUUACCACACCAGGGAAUGCUACAACACCACCUACCACUACAGCAGGGAACACUACAACACCACCCAUCACAACAACAAGGAAUGCAAGCACACCACUAACUACACCAGGGAACGCUACAGGAUCACCAUUCAUUACACCAGGAAAUGCUACAACACCACCCAUCACUUCAGUUUGGAACACUACAACACCACACAUCACUACACAAGGGAAUGCUACAACACAUCCUAUCUCUACACCAGAGAAUGCUACCAUAUCACUAACUACAUCAGGAAACGCUACAACACUACCCAUUACUACAUCAGGGAAUGUUACAACACUACCCAUUCCUACACUAGGGAAUGCUACAACACUACCCAUAACUACACCAGGAAACAAUACAACACCACCCAUCACUACAACAGGGAAUGCUUCCACACAACUAACUACACAAGGGAACACUACAGCACCACCCAUAAUUACACCAGGGAAUAUUACAACAUCACCCAUUACUACACAAGGGAAUGCUACAACACCUUCAAUCACUUCACUAGGGAAUGCAACCACACCACUUACUACACCUGGGAACGCUACAGCACCACCCAUUACCACACCAGGGAAUGCUACAACACCAGCUAACACUACACCAGAGAACGCUACAACACCACCCAUCACAACAACAGGGAAUGCUAGCACACCGCUAACUACACCAGGGAACGCUACAGGACCACCCAUCAUAACACCAGGGAAUGCUACAACACCACUAACUACACCAGGGAACGCUACAGGAUCACCCUUCAUUACACCAGGAAAUGCUACAACACCACCCAUCACUUCAGUUUGGAACACUACAACACCACCCAUCACUACACAAGGGAAUGCUACAACACACCCUAUCUCUACACCAGGGAAUGCUACCAUAUCACUAACUACAUCAGGGAACGCUACAACACCACCCAUUACUACACCAGGGAAUGCUACAACACCACCACUCACUUCAGUUUGGAACACUUCAACACCAUCCAUCACUACACCAGGAAACACUACAGCAUCACCCAAAACUACACCAGGGAAUACUACCACAGCACUAACUACACCAUUGAACGCUACAGAACCACCUAUUACUACGCAAGAGAAUGCUACCACACCACUAACUACACCAGGGAAUGCUACAAAACUACCCAUAUCUACACCAGGAAAUGCUACAACACCACCCAUCACUACAAUAGGGAAUGCUACCACACAACAAACUACACCAGGGAAUGCUACAGCACCACCCAUUAUUACACCAGGGAACAUUACAACACCACCCAUUACUACACAAGAGAAUUCUACAACACCAUCAAUAACUACACUAGAGAAUGCAACCACACCACUUACUACACCAGGGAAUGCUACAACACCACCCAUUACCACACCAGGGAAUGCUACAACACCACCUACCACUACAGCAGGGAACACUACAACACCACCCAUCACAACAACAAGGAAUGCAAGCACACCACUAACUACACCAGGGAACGCUACAGGAUCACCCUUCAUUACACCAGGAAAUGCUACAACACCACCCAUCACUUCAGUUUGGAACACUACAACACCACACAUCACUACACAAGGGAAUGCUACAACACAUCCUAUCUCUACACCAGAAAAUGCUACCAUAUCUCUAACUACAUCAGGAAACGCUACAACACUACCCAUUACUACAUCAGGGAAUGUUACAACACUACCCAUUCCUACACUAGGGAAUGCUACAACACUACCCAUAACUACACCAGGAAACAAUACAACACCACCCAUCACUACAACAGGGAAUGCUUCCACACAACUAACUACACAAGGGAACACUACAGCACCACCCAUAAUUACACCAGGGAAUAUUACAACAUCACCCAUUACUACACAAGGGCAUGCUACAACACCUUCAUUCACUACACUAGGGAAUGCAACCACACCACUUACUACACCUGGGAACGCUACAGCACCACCCAUUACCACACCAGGGAAUGCUACAACACCAGCUAACACUACACCAGAGAACGCUACAACACCACCCAUCACAACAACAGGGAAUGCUAGCACACCGCUAACUACACCAGGGAAUGCUACAGGACCACCCAUCAUAACACCAGGGAAUGCUACAACACCACUAACUACACUAGGGAACGCUACAGGAUCACCCUUCAUUACACCAGGAAAUGCUACAACACCACCCAUCACUUCAGUUUGGAACACUACAACACCACCCAUCACAACAACAAGGAAUGCAAGCACACCACUAACUACACCAGGGAACGCUACAGGAUCACCCUUCAUUACACCAGGAAAUGCUACAACACCACCCAUCACUUCAGUUUGGAACACUACAACACCACACAUCACUACACAAGGGAAUGCUACAACACACCCUAUCUCUACACCAGGGAAUGCUACCAUAUCACUAACUACAUCAGGGAACGCUACAACACCACCCAUUACUACAUCAGGGAAUGUUACAACACUACCCAUUCCUACACUAGGGAAUGCUACAACACUACCCAUAACUACACCAGGAAACAAAACAACACCACCCAUCACUACAACAGGGAAUGCUACCACACAACUAACUACACAAGGGAACACUACAGCACCACCCAUAAUUACACCAGGGAAUAUUACAACAUCACCCAUUACUACACAAGGGAAUGCUACAACACCUUCAAUCACUACACUAGGGAAUGCAACCACACCCCUUACUACACCAGGGAACACUACAGCACCACCCAUUACCACUCCAGGGAAUGCUACAACACCAGCUAACACUACACCAGAGAACGCUACAACACCACCCAUCACAACAACAGGGAAUGCUAGCACACCGCUAACUACACCAGGGAACGCUACAGGACCACCCAUCAUAACACCAGGGAAUGCUACCAUACCACUAACUACAUCAGGGAAUGCUACAACACCACCCAUUACUACAUCAGGGAACUCUACAACACCACCUUCCACUACACCAGGGAACACUACAACACCACCCAUCACUACACAAUGGAAUGCUACAACACAUCCUAUGUCUACACCAUGGAAUACUACCAUAUCACUAACUACAUCAGGAAAUGCUACAACACCACCCAUUACUACAUCAGGGAAUGCUACAACACCACCCAUUACUACUCUAGGGAAUGCUACAACACUACCUAUAGCUACACCAGGAAACACUACAACACCACCCAUCUCUACAACAGGGAAUGCUACCACUCAACAAACUACACAAGGGAAUGUAACAGCACCACCCAUCAUUACACCAGGGAAUAUUACAACACCACCCAUUACUACACAAGGGAAUACUACAACACCAUCAAUCACUACACUAGAGAAUGCAACCACACCACUUACUACAGCAGGGAAUGCUACAACACCACCUAUUACCACACCAGGGAAUGCUACAACACCAUCUACCACUACACCAGGGAACGCUACAACACCACACAUCACAACAACAGGGAAUGCUAGCACACCACUACCUACACCAGGGAAUGCUACAACACCACCCAUCACUACACAAGGGAAUGCUACAGCACUUCCCAUCACUACACCAGGGAAUGCUACCAUACCACUAACUACAUUAGGGAACGCUACAACACCACCCAUUACUAUACCAGGGAACGCUACACUACCACCUACCACUACACCAGAGAAUGCUACAACACCAUCAAUCUCUACACUAGGGAAUGCAACCAAACCACUUACUACACCAGGGAACGCUACAACACCACCCAUUACCACACCAGGGAACUCUACAACACUACCUAUCACUACACCAGGGAACACUACAACACCACCCAUCACUACACAAUGGAAUGCUACAACACAUCCUAUCUCUACACCAGGGAAUACUACCAUAUCACUAACUACAUCAUGGAAUGCUACAACACCACCCAUUACUACAUCAGGGAAUGCUACAACACCACCCAUUACUACUCUAGGGAAUGCUACAACACUACCUAUAGCUACACCAGGAAACGCUACAACACCACCCAUCACUACAACAGGGAAUGCUACCACUCAACAAACUACACAAGGGAAUGCAACAGCACCACCCAUCAUUACACCAGGGAAUAUUACAACACCACCCAUUACUACACAAGGGAAUACUACAACACCAUCAAUCACUACACUAGAGAAUGCAACCACACCACUUACUACACCAGGGAAUGCUACAACACCACCCAUUACCACACCAGGGAAUGCUACAACACCAUCUACCACUACACCAGGGAAUGCUACAACAUCACACAUCACAACAACAGGGAAUACUAGCACACCACUAACUACACCAGGGAAUACUACAACACCACCCAUCACUACACAAGGAUAUGCUACAACGCCUCCCAUCUCUACACCAGAGAAUGCUACCAUACCACUAACUACAUUAGGGAACGCUACAACACCACCCAUUACUACAUCAGGGAAUGCUACAACACCACCCAUUACUACAUUAGGGAAUGCUACAACACUACCCAUAACUACACAAGGAAAUGCUACAACGCCACCCAUUACCACUCCAGGGAUUGCUACCACACCACUAACUACACCAGGGAACACUACAACACCAUCCAUCACUACACCAGGAAACACUACAGAACCACUCAUUACUACACAAGGGAAUGCUACCACACCACUCACUACACCAGCGAAUACAACACCACCUCUAACCACAGGCAUCUCUACAAAUGGACCCAUUGUAACUACUAACCCAACUAACACCACAACACCACCAGCUACCUGCCCUGCAGUGCCCUGCCCACCCCUCAGUGUUUGUGUGAAUUCCAUCUGUCAGUGUCUGGCUGGAACAAUUCUAUUAAAUUAUACUUGUGUGGAAACUAAAACCUUCCCCAUUUCCCUUCGGGUGAACCGCACUUUUCUAAGUGCCAUGAAUGAUCCCAAUUCACUCGAAUUCCGGCAAACUGCUAACGAGAUAAUUUCUGCGGUAAAUGCAGCUCUGCAUAACCAGCAAAACUACAUUAACAGCACUGUCCUUAAGCUAACUCCUGGCAGUGUAGUGGCCUUAGUGAACAGUUUUUUUGAGCUCAAUUCUCCAGCCACCCAGGAUUCGUUUGGAACAGCCAUGGAUACUGCUAUAAAAGACUGUGGGGCAGAGAAUUGUGGCAUCCUUGCUGAUGCUCAAUACACACAAACUGAUCUCUGUCAGCAGGAGCCUUUUCCUUGCGAUGUUGUCUCUACAGUGUGUGCAACCAGAGAUGGUCUUCCUAACUGUGUCUGCAAACCUGGCUAUGUACCUAGCCCUUACCAGAGGAAGAGCUGUAAAGUCUGCCCCAGUGGACAGAAAGCACAAGGAGACAACUGUGUACCGUGUCCAUUUGGCUAUUCUGGAUUGAACUGCGAUGACUCUUCUUUGAUUGCUCUAGUGGUUGUGGCAUGUGUGUUAGGGGGAGUUCUGCUCAUUGUGAUUUUGGCUGUGCUCAUCUACCUCUGUGUGACUCAUAGGAGAAAGUCUAAGGAAAAUCUGUACAAUACACCAUACCCUGCUGAGGAGUUCCAGUCCACAUGGUCCUCUCAAGGCAUCACUCCUAUUCCUCGUGCCACUCUCAGCGCUAGUGCCAGCAAUGAGGCCAGGAUCACCACACUGGAGAUGACUGAGGGGGCAGGUAAAAGGAAUAGUAAUGGAUUGAAGAUUAGAGGAAAGAUGGGCUCGUAUGACCUCCCCACUGAUGGCCUGAAGACCUUUAUGGGAGAAUACCCAUCACGCUACUCUUAUUUGGUGGGUCAUGAAAAUCCCUACUUCCUGCCAGGAGAUGACAAGACAACCACAUGAGGAGAGUGGCAGAGGGGAGGGAUAGGAGCGUAUCAGAUACGAGUGUAUAAGAGCAAAGUUGCGAGAGGGUGCACAGGAAAAUAUGCUAUAACAACAUUAUAAAAAUGCCUUGUAUCAAAAAUAAGAAGUCUCCCUUAAGGAAUGGUAAACUGUCCAAACCCUAAAGCUGAUCACAGAUGUAAAGAAAAAGUGAUAUUUGAGAUAUCCAUCAUUUUAAACAUAAAAAAACAAAUUCCCCCAGUUUUAAUUUCCUCUCACUCAUGAUAUAAUGCUCACUUCCUAGAAGUGCAUUGAUGAUUGGGUUACUUAAACAUCAUGUACUCACUCAGCUGUUGACACUGUACAACAAAUCUGACUGAGGUGUCUUAAGUAUGAGAAUGAGUGCACUAGACAUUGAUCAACUAUUCAUCUGUUGAUAUUUGCUUUCAUUGUCUUCAUUUGUUACCUUGUUUCCUCUGCAAAGGUUUUGUUCAUGCAACAAUUAGGGUCAUUAUCUUUCAGAGCUCAUGCAUACAGUACAUUAUGUUACUAUGUUGCGACUUCAGCACAAAAUACUUUAUUAUGAAGAAUGUAAUAUUGAACAACAUUUAAAGUUUUUAACCCAAGAUACAUUAUUAUUAAGGAUUUAAUAUUAAACCACAUUUCAACAUGUUUUAUUUACCUUACCUACCGAAGCAAUAAGAGAUGGCGUACAUGAUGUAAUGCAGAAGCCAAACGUUCUAAUUGCACCAAAUCCUCACAUAUUUUAACAGCACUUUUCAGUUGACAGCAUGCCAUAUCUUAUGUUUAUGUGUGUGUGUCCAUUUAUAACUUUAAGCUAUGAUUAUGUCUAUAAGUAAGGUCUGAUACUUUCGGUUAUGAUAUAUUGUUUUAUAUACCUUCUCCAAAGAAUGAUUUUAUUUUCUAUCAGGACAUUGCAUGUCACAUGAAAUGUAUCUCUGUGUCUGACUUUGAAUAGCAGAAUUAUGCAAUAAAAGGGAGCCUUUAAAAUGCCUCUUCUAGUUGUGCCAAUGAUCAUAUUUAUUAAAAUCAGAACAUAAAGUUGUUUACUCAACUGGCUAUUUGGUUUGUAGAUACUUAUUUAUGUUUCACUGAACUACUUUCUGUACUUAAGGCUUUUGUAUAAAAAAAAAAACUGUUCUGUAUUUUGGGAAAUUAAUUAAAUUAUUAUA